GCGCGCCGUCCGGGCGAGAGCGCCUGCGCAGGCCGGCGGGGAACUGGCAGCAUGGCGUUCCGGCAGGCUUUGCAGCUGGCGGCCUGCGGGCUGGCCGGGGGAUCAGCUGCCGUGCUCUUCUCGGCAGUGGCGGUGGGGAAGCAGCGCCCGGGUGGGGACGCGGAGCCGCGCUCGCCCGAGCUGCCGGCGUGGGCGGGGGACACGCGUUCGGGGCUCGGCCUCUGGGAUCCCAACUGGGACAGGCGGGAACCACUGUCUCUGAUCAAUCUGCGGAAGAGGAAUGUGGAAUCUGGAGAAGAAGAACUGGCAUCCAAGCUGGACCACUACAAAGCCAAGGCCACACGGCACAUCUUCCUCAUCAGACAUUCCCAGUACUAUGUGGAUGGCUCUCUGGAAAAGGACCGCAUUCUGACCCCACUGGGUCGUGAGCAGGCUGAACUUACUGGGCUCCGACUUGCAAGCUUGGGGUUGAAGUUCGACAGGAUUGUCCACUCCUCCAUGACCCGUGCAGUGGAGACUACUGACAUCAUCGGCAAACACCUACCAGGUGUCUGCAAGGUCAGCACAGACCUGCUACGGGAGGGUGCCCCCAUUGAGCCGGACCCACCAGUGUCCCACUGGAAGCCGGAAGCUGUGACGACUCCUAACUAUGCCCCCAGCAGUAUUACGAAGAUGGAGCCCGGAUUGAGGCUGCCUUCCGGAACUACAUACACCGCGCAGAUGCUAAACAGGAAGAAGACAGUUAUGAAAUCUUCAUCUGUCAUGCCAACGUCAUCCGCUACAUCGUGUGCAGAGCACUGCAGUUUCCUCCGGAAGGUUGGCUCCGUCUCUCCCUCAACAACGGCAGCAUCACCCACCUGGUAAUCCGACCCAAUGGCCGAGUGGCACUCAGGACCCUUGGGGACACGGGGUUCAUGCCCCCAGACAUGAUCACACGGUCCUGAGGGACCCCAAGACUCCAUCCUCGUCCUCAGCUCAUGAUCUGGCUCCAGCCGUUCCUUCUGUCUUCCCUGUGUAGGCCAUGUUGCAGUUAUGUGUUGUUUCUGAGGAAGAGGCCAGCAGAAAAGCAGAAGUAUCUAAAAUGCUGCAAUUUGGGUAUUUCUGGCUACGAAGGGAAAAAUUUGGAUCAGAUGGCCUGACUUCUUUGCAAGGUUUUCUACCAUACUGUGAUCUGCCAGGAUAACUCUGUGGGUUUUAAGGUGAAAACAGAAGUUAGGCCUAUUUUGGGGAAUAAAUGAAGCCUGACUGAGCCCCUUAUUAUGGACAACCCCCAGGCUCCUGUCGGGAACCUGUCAGGUAGGAGGGCCGCUGAGGGUCUGUUCACAACUCAAUUCACUUCGUACAUUCUUUGAUUUCUUAAAACCCUUUGUCACGUAAAUAUUUGUCCAUUAGAUCCUCAACUGGGUUCUUGCUUUGAAGACCUAUUUCUCAUUUCAGAGUUAUAGAUCCUGACACUGUUGCAUCUGAUAACCUACUUUAUUAAGACUUGCAGGCACAGGGACUUACCAGGUGCACAGGUGAACUUGGACAGAUGAGGCUCCCUGGCCUUUGUGCUGGUCUCAAGGAGAGGUGCAGGCUAUAGCCCAGUAGGGGGAUCUAAUUUCAGUUAACUAUCUCAGACUGACAGCUCAAUCUUAGUUUGCCUCUGGUUAAUCUUUAAUGCUUAUGGAUUAAAAUAUUUAAACCUGAUGUAUCUAUUUCAAAUAUUCUGUUAAUUUAGGAAAAACAGUUUCAAUUUCUAUGAAGUGGUUAUGAACAUUUUCUGCAAUCAAGAGAACUGGG